CACCACCCGGGUAAAGAAAUCGCCGUCAGUUCUAUCCGUGCAACUGAAGAAGCAACUUCUUGACUAAGAGUUAUAGAUCUAUCAGAACAAUGAAAUUGACAGCAAGUCCCGAAGCUGCUUUGCGAUUUACCAAAAUGAACGUUUACUUAGUGAGUUCGUGGCCUCCGUCGAAAUCUCUUAGCAGAAUUAGUAAAAUUUGGUUCAAUGUUCGUUGGUGGAUUGCAUUUAUUUCAAUACUACUGUUAUUCAUACCUCUGACUAAUGGUGUUUAUGUGUAUCGAAACGAUUCGCUAGUAAUGGUGAAGGCUGCUUGUUUGAGUAGUGCAUCAGCUCAAGCACUUUUGAAAUUGAUCAUUUGCCGAUUUCAGUCAAACCGUCUUCAACUCCUGCAUGACGAAAUGGAAAUCUUUAUUAAAAAUGCCGAUGCACUAGAAAAAAAAUAUCUACUAAAAUAUAUUAAGAAAAGUGGUUUAUUUCAUGUCUUCGGGAGUCUCAGUGUGUGGGCAGUUUGCCUGUCAUACAUAAUAGAGCCUAUUUUACUGUCACAUUCCUACCCAACGGACACCGCGUAUCCAUUUGUCGUGGAAAGUCAAGUAUUGCGUACAAUAUUGUACUUGCAACAGAUAAUUGCUCUUAUUUUCGUCGGAGCGGCUUUGAUAAUUGAUUUUCAGGUGGCAACCUUGCUAUGGUUCACUUGUGUAAGAUUUGAAGUGCUAAGUCAUUACUUUAGGGAGGUUUCAAACGAAACAGAGUUGGUGACGUGCAUCAAGAAGCAUCAGAAAAUACUAUGGUAUGCUAAUGAAGUUAAAUACGCAGUAAGGUAUAUAACACUGAGCACAAUAGCAACUACUACGAUUGGGGUUAUUUGUGGCUGUUUGGCAUUGUUAAGUCAUCAGCCGAUGUCUGUUAAGCUACGAGUUGGUAACAUCGUUGGGAAUGCAACGAUCGAGCUUUUCAUUUAUGCCUGGCCUGCUGACAACCUCAUCCGAGUAAGCCAAGCAAUCGGACGGAGUGCUUACAACAGUAAAUGGCUAAAAGGUUCCGUUGGUUUGGUAAAAACAACAAUGAACGUAAUUUGUCGAUCGCAAUCGCCAAGUACAAUAUCCAUACAUGGAGUAAUGCCCAGUCUAUGUCUGCGAUACUACACAUCCUUUCUCUCUACGACGUUCUCGUACUUCACGACUCUGCGAGUAGUCUACGCUGCUGAUUCUGUCAACUGAAAAAAAAAAAUUAUACUUUAGCCAUUUCUUUCUAGUAAAAAUUAUUCAUUAAGAAAUAGAUAUAAGGGAAAGGGGGGCAAAAGGGAGUAGGGUAGGCAAAACGGGGUACCCCCAAAAUUUGAUUAAAAAAAAUUUUAUAUUUCAAAUGGUUUUUAAACAUUCCAAAAUCACUUCUGUAGAUAUAAUUAAACGUUACUUUGAAUUUUUUUUGUUAAACUUUUUCAAAAAUCGAUUGUCAGUUGAAAAAUAUUAAUGACGUUUGUUUUAUGAUAAAAACUAUUAAAAAUUUUUUUUCUUCUUUUG